CUCAGACUGUUAAUGCCUCUCCAUCAGAGACAUGGCUUUGCAAAUCAGCUGCCUCCUCAUCCUCACUGGACUCACAGGAAUUUUCAGCAUAUCAAUAGUCAAAAGAGUAACAGUGAAAGCCGGAGAUUCAGUCUCUAUUCCAUGUUUGUACGAAGCAAAGUACAAAAACCAUGUGAAAUACUUGUGUAAAGGAUGGUAUCACUGCUCAUCUAUAGUUAAAACAAGCCAACAAAAUUCACAAAGGUUUUCAAUCUCUGAUGAAAAAGAGCAAAGAGUCUUCACCGUGACUAUCAACAAUCUGACCAAUGAAGACAUGGAUGAUUACUGGUGUGCUGUGGAGAUAAAUGGACAGGUAGAUGAUAAGGCACAUUUUCACCUGUCUGCCAGUGGUAAUCCCUAUCUGUAUGUGGAUGAUCAGUGGAUUACAGCCUAUGAAGGAGAUAACAUCACUAUCAAAUGCUUCAAUCAUUACGGUGGACUCAUCUGGAUGGAUAAAUGGAACAAGAGUGUCCAUCACUGA